GAGCGCUCUCCCCAUAAAGCCGCGCCGGACUUGUUUAUGAAAGUUGUUGCGAGACGCGCUCCGGGAAACCGACCUCUCUCCUCCCCGAACCUGCAGGAUCUUUACCGGUGGUGACAUUUACAGCUGAGUGAGUGAGUGAAGUCCAUGCCGGCCCCGGCCCGGUUCGACGCUCUUGUCAUGAGUCAUCCAUCAAAUAUGGGAACUUAAAGAAACAGCUUGUGUAUGACAUGAAUGACAAACAGGACAGGCCUUAUGUGUGCGGCGCCCCUGGCUGCCUGCAGCGCUUCCAGCUAGAGGAGCAUUUGAUCAUCCACAGUCGCAAGCACGAGAUGACUCUCAAGUUCCCCUCCAUCAAGACGGACGCAGUUUUCACAGACCAGACCCCAACGCCAACGCGAUUUUUGCAGAACUGUGAAGAGGUCGGUCUGUUCAAGGAGAUAGAGGAGGAGUUUCUUCAAGCGCAAGAGGAGGAGAACAACAAACAAACGCUCUCUGAAAACGGGCCGUCGUGUAUGAACCAGCACCAGCUCAAACCUCCGCUUCACCUACAGCAUCCCCCGCAGCCGCAGCACGCACAUCCGCAGCCGCCGCUCCAUCAUCACCAGAGCCAUGUCCCCAUGAUGGCACCGAGCUGCAGCCUGGCGGCCCAGCAGGCUCUCUCCGCAUCCUCCUCCCAGUCUGGAUCAGUCAUCACUCCUUCCAAACUAACACAAGCAGACCCGGUUCCUGGUUCGCUGUCCUGCCUCCUCCACAUGCAGAGCAGGCCCAGACAACCUCUGCCAGCCUCAUUACCUGGCACCCUGCCAGACCCCGCCAUGCAAGGGGCAUCUGCUCGGCACAUGACUAGAGCCAAACCGACGAUGGGCCACCAUUACCAACAGCAACUCCCGGGACUCGUCAACAACCCUGUGACAUCCAUGGGCCACAUGAUGGACAUGAUGUCCCAGCGGCACUCUGCACCUGCACCACAACAGCACCAGCACCACCACCAUCCCCACCAUCAUCCUCAUCAUCCUCAUCAUCAUUCUCAUCACGCACAGCUUCCAGCGCCGCCCCUCCCCUAUCAACAGCAGUGCCAUGCUCCCCCUCCCCAACACCUCCACCAGCUGCACCAGUCAGGGACUGGACCGCACACUCAGGCUCACCAGUCCCCGCCUUCACGCUUACACCAGGGCUCGCCGCCGUCGCCGUCACUCUCUGCCCCACAGUUAUCACCAGUUGCCCAACAGAUGCAGCCGUCGCAGCUGUGCCACUCCCAGCAUGCAGUGCAGGCAGGCGGUGGCGGAGGAGGAGGCAACCGCCGCAGACGCACAACUGAGCAGGACCCCGACGAGCGGAGGCAGAAGUUCCUGGAGCGCAACCGGGCCGCGGCCACCCGCUGCCGACAGAAGAGGAAGCUGUGGGUCUCGUCGCUGGAGAAGAAAGCUGAAGAGUUGACGCACACAAACCUGCAGCUACAGAACGAGGUGACGUCACUGAGGUCGGAAGUGGGUCAGCUGAAGCAGAUUCUCCUCACCCACAAAGACUGUCCUGUCACUGCUAGACAGAGAGAGGCACAGGGGUACCCCACUGCAGGGGUGAGCCCGGGAGGAAGUCCCACCCCUGCAGGUCCUGGGUCUCAUCUGCAAGCGGUCCAACACAACAGCAUUUCCACUUCCUCAGUGGCUGCAGGCGACCCCGGCCACGGUCCCCGGCCCGGACGCCAGUCUCCUACAUAUAGAUGAAAUACUGAACUUCUAAUUGGACAUGAACCCUGAGGUGUUUCUCAGUAUUGUUAAGAUGACGUUUUGUUUGGAAACAAGACCGGAAAUAUCACUCUACAUAUCAGGUAAAACAAAAGAUAAAUAAAAAAAUGACCGCCUUUGUGAGUCUCGUUAAAAACUGUGAUGGCUACCUAGCAACUUGAUCCUGUGUUAAUGCAUAAAACUUGAUCCUGUGUUAAUGCAUAAAAUGUCUGUCUCUGUUUACAUGGACCUAACCGUCACCUGCACCUGCAGUCUGAAUCAAGACGCGUGUUUUUCAGCAUCUUUCACUACUCCGUCUCGUAAAAAAAAACCUAUAUUUUUGGUUCUAUUUCUAAAUAUGCCGCUGCUAACGCGCACCUUAUGCCCUUCUAUUUGAAGAAUGGCAGCUUGCAAUAAACAACAUGACUGUAUUUGUUAAAAAAAGGUAAAUCAGUAUAAGACAAAAUUAUAUUUUUAACUUUGGAAUUUCAUGGUCUUGUAAAUAAAAGUCAGCAAACCCACAUAUGUCUCUGAAAGCCAUGUAUCACAUGAUUGUACAGUGUUUCCUGUAAGGCACUUUUUCUUUUCUUACAUACAACUGCCUUAAGUCAUAAAAUAACUAUGAAUUGCACUCCAUGUCUGAAUCCCUGUCAAUUAAUUUACAUUUGCAUCCCGUUUUUGUACUGUAACGUUGCAGACAAUCGCUGUAAAUCUAAUGCUUUUAAAUAAAAGAACUUAUU